CUCUUCCCAGAAGGCAGCAGGGUGAACAGGCUGUUGCUGGGUGCGUACUGUCCUUUAGUAUCCUUUGGGGUCUGUGUAGGCACCUCACCUCACCGAUAGCACUGAUGCUCUGGAGAUGGGUACCAGUGAUCUGAGCAAUUUUAAUCACCCGCUGCAGAGCCCUCCGGUCCUGGGCCGUGCACAUCCCAUGCCAGAUUGUGAUGUUUCCAGUCAGGAUGCUUUCUAUUGCUCCUCUGUAAAAGCUGACAAGAACAUUUCAUUUCACAUUGCAACUGUGUAUGGGUGCAUAAGUGAUGAAAAUGGGCAUAUUAUUUAAAUUUUGCUCACUUAGGCCUAAUUGUAAUUGUAAAAUAAACUGAGUAAAGUAUUAUAUACAAUAGUGAUUUCAUAUUUAUUGUUUGCGCGCACAAUUACCACCCCCCCUUCCCCAUGUGUUGCAGGCUUUUUAUAUACAGUCUAUGGUUGCAGGUGAUUGUUUUAAUAUGGUAAAUUGGUUUACUUUGGGAAUAUGCAAUAAAGAAAAACACUGGUUGUACUUUAUUAUCGAGAUACCCUGUGUUGAAGAGGCAUUGCCUUAGUGCCAAUGAAUAGGCAUGACAAACAUGUAGGCUUACACAAAAUGUGGCUGUAUUUUCAUUGACUUUGAUAUUAUUCAGUGAAAGUUUUUUUGACGUCUCAAAAAGAAAUGACGAAAUACAUCUGCAGUUAUACAAUAUGUACACUGUAUAUGUGCAAUGCAUUUUAUUAUAUACUAUGUAGGUGACUAUAUUAUGUCAAAUAGCUCUGUUUUUAUAUAAAUUUAUAACUGAUUAUUUUUUAUUAUGUCUUACCAUGUAAGCAGUAUUUUAAUGUGCCAGCUGAUCAAGAUGGAGCAGAUUUGUACUACAGUACUUUAUAUACUGUACGUUGGGUACUUUAAUCUACGCCGUAUACAUAUUUUAUAAAAUAAUCCUAUUUUUUUAUGUUCAGUUAUAGUCAGAAAAAAUAACUAGUAACCAAGCUGUAAAAUAAAUAUAGUGAAACAAUAUUUUCCUCUGAAAUGUUGAGUAGUGGCAGAAAGUGGAAAUACUCAGAUGUUGUACAGCACUUAAGUGUAGGCUAUGUAUUUACUUCCCACCAUUUAUUGAUUAUUGUUGAUAAUGAUUAUUAAUAAAACAUCCAUGGCUGAAACCAUGUAUUUAAACAUGUAAAUAAAACUAUAUACAGUCUGUUUAUUAACUGCCCCUUUGUUAAAGGCUUUUAUUUUGAAUGUUGUCACCGGAAGUCUUGAUUCUGGUCCCCAAGGCAAAUUUGGGUUGAGCUACACGCAUGCGCACUCUCCUGAUCUACAUAAAUCAAUCCUUGGUGGGCAUCUUGCGCUGAUUCUGCAACAUAUCAUCGACUGAUUCACGGUAAUUAAUCACAUCAUCGGUAUGGCAUCCAGUGGAUAUCUGCAGGCAGCGGUCCUCCUUCUGGCGGUCCAGCUCCUCUGUCUCGGUGCAGCUGAUGCGGAUCAGGAGACCGGGACUGUCAUCCCUGCCGAAAGUCGCCCAUGUGUGGACUGUCACGCUUUUGAGUUUAUGCAGAGGGCACUGCAAGAUCUAAAGAAGACCGCGUUCAACCUUGAUGCCAGGACAGAGAUGCUGGUGCUGAGGGCAGAGAGGAGGGCUCUGUGUGACUGUAUGCCCACCAACUCACUGCGCUGAACUCUGCACUUCACCGCCUUCACCGAGUACACCUGAGGACACUUCCACCUGUCAUCACCCCGAAAACAACCCCGUUAGAAAACCUCUACUCAUGCACAGCGAUCUUCAUCCUAACUUAUUUACACAAUAGGCACUUUAUUUUCUUUUUCGCUCAUAUCACUGUUGAGUGACUCUUUGAUUUGAAGUCAUGCAUCAUGAGGCAUGUUAUUGUUUUGCCUUAUUUGGGGCGACUUUUAUACCACUGAUGUUUUACAUUGUGAAACUGGACACAUGUCUGGGUUUGUUUGUCUCCCAACGUCAUAGGAUGUGGGUCAGUUCGCAUCUGUCUCCUAUGAAGCAUAAACUAUUUUUUGUACUUUUUAGUAUCGGGCUGUAUAAUGUAGAUACAGUAGAAGGCAUCUGUACAUUUACUUGUUGAACAUGUUGUAUGAGAUUAAUGUUUAUGACAAUUAUACACAUUAAACUGUAGCAUCACAUUUGAUUUAUUUAACUGCUCAAAAUGUUUCAAACACUUUUUUAUCACCUAAUUAAAUUAGGAAUCAGCAAACUUUCACUGGUUAAAAUGAAUUGAUUUGCAGCCUGGCUUCUUUUGCAUAAAAAGGAAACAUACUUUUCUUUUUAACAAGAUUUUUUUUUGUAAAGAAAUGAUCUGCAGAAAGUUUACCAGAAAUUCAAAAAACAACAGUUUCAAAGGGUUUUUAAGGUGGAAAAAGCGUACUUGUAGGUCUUGAUUUAGCGCAGCACUGUAGCAUGAAUUUACAGCACUUUUUGUCAACCUACUGUUAAUAUAGAUUGUAUGUAUAUAUAAUGUAUAUGUACAUGUAAUGGAGGUGUCCACACACUUCUCUUGGGCAGAUAGAGGAUUGCUAGCUGCAGCAGGGGACACAGAGAUAGAAAUAAUAAUUGUCUUAUUGUUACUUGUUUAUGAACAACGUACUUUGUUAACAUUAUGUCACAUGAUGCUCCAUUUAUUGUCUUAAUGUUGUACCUAUCAAUAAAAACAACAAAUGACCUUUA